AUGGCUGGAAUGACACCUGUUUUUGCGCAGGACGCUGCUCCUCCUGCCGGACCAUACUCCCACGCCAUCAAAGCCAACGGCCUCAUCUUCGCCUCGGGCUCCAUCCCCUGCGAUGCUGCCGGCAACAUCCUCACCGAGGGCACAAUCCAAGAAAAGACCGCGCUCGCCAUCCAAAACGCCGCCGCCGUGUUGGCAGCUGCGGGCUCCAGCAUUUCCAAAGUCGUCAAGGUCACUGUCUUCCUCACUGAUAUGGCGAAUUUCGCGGCUAUGAAUGAGGAGUAUGCGAAACACUUUACGCAUAAGCCGGCCAGGAGCUGUGUCGCGGUGUAUCAGUUGCCAAAGGGUGUGCCGGUGGAGGUUGAGGUUACUGCUUUGGAGUAG